GUGAAAUUCAUAGCGACGCUGCGAGCCGUUCGACUGUACGCUUGUUUAUUUGUUGUGAGCAAAAUGAGUGAUGUACUGAAGACGGACAAAUGGAUAGUGUUCUUUAGAGUUUACGGUCGACUACCUGCUUUCUGGAAGGUCACCGAUGAAGGCUACAAAAGCAAACGUGCAAAGAUAGAAGGAUAUCAAAAACUUCUAAAGAGCUACCGGAAGAUCUACCCCGGUGCGAAUGUGGACAAUAUGCGACGCAAAAUAAAUCGCAUACGAUGUAGUUUUCAUCGCGAGCUGCGUAAAGUGAAGCUCGGUGAAUUAUCUGCCAGGAAUAAAGAUGACGUCAAUGAACCAAAAUUGUGGUAUUUCAAAGAGUUCCUGCGCAAUGAUAUCGCGGAGGACACAAGCGACGUGGUCCGGGAGAAGGAGGCAACUGACGAAGAGAAGCCGAUGGUUCAUUUUGACCAGAACGAUGUGAUUGAAAUUGAACCCAUAUCAAAAGACAUCAAACCGAUAGCAAUCAAUACUGCUUGUCCAGAGCCCGUAGCACCCAUAGCAACCGUAGCUCCCAUAGCACCUCGAGCGGAGCAGCCGGAAGUAGUAGAUCAUCAGAAACUCGAAGAGGCCAAAAUCUUUGCCGAGGACUGGGCAAUUUCCUAUUGCAAGUUGGAUGCACACAACGGGAUGCUGGCCAAGAAGGCGAUCGAGGAGAUCUUUGUGUUGGGACAGCUCAAAAAGUUGCAGUACAAUUCUGUAAUGAUGCCAUAAUAAAGAAUUUUAAUACAAAUAAUAUUUUUAAAUUACAUUUAUUUGUC